AUGGCUCUGAGCGAAGCUUUCAACACCGCCGUCGCUGACAGCAAGAAGCUGACGGCCAAGCCCUCCAACGACGAGCUUCUCGAGCUCUACGCUCUCUUCAAGGUCGCCAACGGCGAGGACUUUAGCAAGGCUGCCAAGCCCGGCAUGUUCGACCUCAAGGGCAAGGCCAAGUACGCCGCCUGGCAGAAGGAGGUCGAUGACAGCACGACCCCAGAGCAGGCUCAGGAGAAGUACGCCGCCCUUGUCGAGACCCUCAAGAACAAGUAUGGCUACGACGCCAACAAGACCCCCGAGGACGUUGGUACCUCUUAG